AGCAACUGUAAAACUUGUGAUAGUCCUUGUAUCGUAAAAAUAUCUCUAUUUACUUUAUAUAUACACAUAUUUCUUGAUAGUGUUCCUCAAGAGAUCUAUCCCUUCUCCAAUGGCUAUGCAGUUAAGUUUCCUACCUUUGUUCCUUUUCACGGCCGCUUUGAUCUCACCCUCCCUCGUGGUCUCGGUUUCGGUAGUCGAAGGAAAAGUCUCUUGUUACGACUGUCCCAGUGAUUACGAUUAUUCAGGAAUCAUGAUCAGCGUUAGUUGUAGCCACUCCAAGACGCGUUUCACCGUCUCAACCGACAAGAAGGGCGAGUUUAUGUCGGAACUUCCCUCGAGAGUUAAAUCGGAUUGCGAAGCGAAGCUCCAAGGUAGCUUCAAGCAACUUUAUGCUUCCAAAAAGAACAUUAUGUCGAAGAUUGUUAAGCUCGAAGGUGACAAAUAUGUUCUCUCUUCGAAGUUGAUCUUCUUGAAAUCAUGUCCAAGAAACCUCAGAUCUUUCAGUUCGUCCAAGACCGUUGAUUUGCCUGUUCCUCCGGAGUGGGGGCUGGCUCCCACGAGCUAUUAUCUUCCAUUCUUCCCCAUCAUCGGUAUCCCAUAAGAUGCACCGUUUAAACAAAUAUGUAAUAUUUAAUAAUGUAAGUGCAAAGACAUGUAUUUAUCUUAGCUGUCUUUUUAAGUCCAUGCCUGAACUGAAGUUUGUGUGUGAUAUUAGUGUACGAAGGUGGUUGAUGUUUUCUUUUUAUAUAUGAAGCAUAAUUUAGUAGUAAACCAUUUUUGAAAA